GCUGAGAAGGAAAGCCAGAGGCGUCCACUUUCCUUGGGAAGACUGGGGUGGGAAAUCUGGGUUUCUCCCUGAAUCUUACAGGGGGCCCAGUGCAGUGGAGGGUUCAGCUCCAGACACACAGGAGAUGAGCUUCUCCAGCAGAAAGGGCUUCUACAGGCAGGAAGUAAACAAGACCGUCUGGGAGUUGCCGAAGAGAUAUGUUUCCAUCAACCCAGUAGGAUCUGGGGCUUACGGCUGUGUCUGCUCAGCAAUAGAUAAGAAAACAGGAGAGAAAGUGGCUAUCAAGAAGCUCUGUCGUCCAUUCCAGUCUGAGAUUUUUGCUAAGCGGGCGUAUCGAGAACUCACACUGCUGAAGCACAUGCAGCAUGAGAACGUCAUUGGGUUGCUUGAUGUCUUCACCUCUGCUACCUCCUUUGAUGGAUUCCAGGACUUCUACCUGGUGAUGCCUUACAUGCAAACCGAUUUACAAAAGAUUAUGGGACAUCAAUUCAGUGACGAAAAGAUCCAGUAUCUAGUCUACCAGAUGCUGAAAGGGUUGAAGUACAUUCAUUCUGCUGGAAUCAUUCACAGGGAUCUGAAACCUGGCAAUCUGGCAGUGAAUGAAGACUGUGAACUAAAGAUCUUGGAUUUUGGAUUGGCAAGGCAUGCUGACUCAGAGAUGACAGGCUAUGUGGUGACUCGUUGGUACAGAGCACCAGAAGUGAUUCUUAACUGGAUGCAUUACAAUCAGAAUGUGGAUGUGUGGUCCGUUGGCUGUAUCAUGGCAGAAAUGCUGACUGGGAAAACUCUGUUUAAGGGCAAAGACUAUCUAGAUCAGUUGACUCAGAUCUUGAAAGUGACAGGAAUCCCUAGCGAAGAGCUUGUCCAAAAGCUAGAGGACAAAGCAGCUAAAAGCUACAUACAGACUCUCCCCAAGAUUCCAAAAAUGGAUUUAUCUCUUCUUUUCCCCAAAGCCAAUCCUUUAGCAGUGGACUUGCUUGACAAGAUGUUGCAGCUGGAUGUGGAAAAGCGCCUCACAGCCACACAAGCACUGGCCCACCCAUACUUUGAGCGGUUCAGAGAUAUUGAGGAGGAGACAGAGGCACAACAUUCCUAUGAUGAUUCUCUGGAGGGUGAAAAGCUUACAAUAAAUGAAUGGAGAAGGCAUACUUUCAGUGAAAUACUGUCAUUCAGCCCAAUUGCAAGGAAAGACUCCAAGAGAAGAAGUGGUAUGACGUUGUAAGCUUAGGCAUGUCCAGUGUGAGACACCCCUUUCCGUGAAUGAAUGUUAAUCAGUGUCUUGAGGCCAACAAGCAGCAGAUAUUCAUCAGCAUGAAAAGGUCUGCAGUGGCGAACACAAGGACACUGAGCGCAUAAGGAGAGUUCAACCUUCAUCUGAAAGGCAGAACUGUACUAACAACAUCUUUCAGUGCCAUUAAUGAAUAUGCUUCUCAUUAAAGCCCU